GCAGGAUUUGGUGAACGUGCAAAACCAUUGCAGCAAAAGAUUCAAUGGAGGACGUCCAACUGUAUGAAAAAAUUUGGCUGAAACGCAGGUUUCAGAGAGUUAUGGACAGCUUCAUCUUCUUUCUCCUUCUCUCGCUUCUUGGUCACAGGCUUAUCACCCUCUCCACCCACUUCACUGUCCCCCGCUUUCUCGCCUUCUUAUGCGAAUCAUGGUUUGCCUUCAACUGGUUUAUUAUCCUCAGCACCAAAUGGGCAGCUGCACGCAUCGACACCUUCCUCCAUUCUCUCUCUCAACGGGUACCAAAGGUCGAGCUGCCGGCGGUGGACCUGCUGGUGACGACGGCGGACCCAGUGCUGGAACCACCCAUCAUCACCGUGAACACUGUGCUAUCUCUGUUAGCUCUGGAUUACCCACCUCACAAGCUAGCUUGUUACGUUUCCGAUGAUGGGUGUUCCCCUGUUAACUUCUAUGCCCUCGUCGAAGCCUCUCGAUUUGCUAAGCUGUGGGUACCUUUCUGUAAGAAAUACAACGUCCAACACAGAGCUCCUCAUAGGUUCUUUUCUGCUGAGCCUAACGGUGCCCAAAGACGACAUUCCCAAGAAUUCACACAAGACUCCCUACUGAUGAAGGAAGAGUAUGAAAAACUAAGCCGUAAAAUUGAAGAUGUGAGCAGGAAACCAGAGCAGAUUAAGCUUGAGGGAGAGUUUGCAGCUUUCAGGAAUGCAGAGCGGAGAAAUCACCAAGCCAUAAUUAAGGUUAUUAUUUGGGAGAACAAGGAAGGCCAAUCUGGUGGAUUGCCCCACUUAAUCUACGUAUCAAGAGAGAAGAGACCACAGCAUCCUCAUCACCACAAAGCUGGUGCCAUGAAUGUUUUGACCAGAGUGUCAGGGUUGAUGAGCAACGCUCCCUACAUGUUAAACAUAGACUGUGACAUGAUGGUGAGCAAUCCAAAGAUUGCUCAGCAUGCCAUGUGCAUAUUUCUGGAUCCCAAGGGCCACGAAGAAGUCGCAUUUGUUCAGUGCUUUCAGCAAUUUUACGAUGGCCUAAAAGAUGAUCCCUUUGGAAACCAGUUGGUCGCUGCUUCUUCGUACGUACUAGUUGGACUUGCAGGGCUUCAAGGACCCUUUUACUGUGGAACCAAUUGCUUCCACAGAAGAAAAGUUAUUUACGGCCGUUACCCUGAUAACACGCAGCUUCAAAAUCAAGCAAAAUUGUCAGACAAGAAACUGGAACAGAAGUUCGGAAGCUCGAAGGAAUUUUUUAAAUUAGCAGCCCAAGCCUGGGAAGACAACCCAUGUUCUAGUUGUAGUAAUGUUAUUACUCCUUCCACGUCUCUAGAGGCUGCAAUCCAAGUUUCUAGUUGUGAAUAUGAAUAUGGCACUGCUUGGGGUAAACAGGUGGGAUGGUUAUAUGGGUCAUUGGCAGAGGAUCAACAAACUGGAUUGAGCAUCCAUAGAAGAGGUUGGAGGUCAGAGUGCUGCACACCUGAGCCUAUUGCUUUCACAGGUUGUGCCCCUGGAGAUCUCAUAUCCUCAAUGGUACAACAAAAGAGAUGGGCUUCCGGCCUGCUUAGAGUCUUUUUGGGCCCCCAAAGUCCCUAUUUGGGCCUCCUCUUCGGUAAGCUGCAACUCAGGCAGUGCCUGGGCUAUUUAUAUCUUAUCCACUGGGGCCUCCACGCUUUCCCUGAAACAUGCUAUGCCGCUGUGCCUGCGUAUUGCCUCAUAACCAACUCCACUUUCUUACCCAAGGAACCUUGGUUGUGGAUUUAUGUUUCAGUUUUCGUGAUAUACUGUGUAUACAGUCUAAUAGAAUACUUGGCAAUCGGGUUAUCAGUCCGAACAUGGUGGAACAAUCAGAGAAUGAGAAGAGUAAUGGCCAUGACUGCUUGGUUUGUGGGUUCUCUAAGUGCCAUAGUUGAGAUGUUGGGGGCUUCUAACACAGUGUUUGACAUAACACAGAAGGAGCCACCAACUUGUUCGGCUUCUGAUACAAACGCAGGAAGGUUCAUCUUCGACGAGUCUCCAAUGUUUGUGCCAGGAACCACUAUGUUGCUGGUUCAACUCACUGCUUUGGCGAUGAAAUUAUUGAGGUUGGAUCCAUCGGCAGAGAAGAAUGGGAAUGGAAGUGGGGUUGGGGAGGUAUUGUGCAGUGUGUACUUGGUGGUUUGCUUGUGGCCCUUCUUGAAAGGACUAUUUAGGAAAGCACAAUAUGGGAUUCCCAUGUCAACAAUCUUUAAGUCAGCUAUUCUGGCUUUUCUCUUCGUGCACUGUUCUAUAAGCGUCACUGCCACCAUCAAUUAAUAUGUUGGUCCAUUGACAAUCUCUUGUUUAUGUUCUACUUCCUUCUUGUUAUUGGAAGCAGCGAAGAAAGUGAAAUGGAAAUGGAGAGAGUUGUUUUGUCGUUCGUGCAUGGUGGUGUGUUAUUGGCCUUUUCUGAAAAGAGAGAAUAUGGAAUGCCAUGAUCAAGGGUUUUAAUGUCUGCAACUCUGGCCGUGUUCUUUGUGGUCCUUUGUACUUCUAUCAUCACUACUUUAUGUGUUGCUGAUCCCUCUUAUUCAUCUCAAUCUCUUCUCUCAUCUCUUCACUUUCAUUUUUUCAGCAGUAUAUUUUACUUUACUUCAUAAAAGCUAAAGCUCCUUUUCACUCGAUUUUGGAUCUCAUCUGCUGUGCAAUGUAAGGCAAUGCUACGUAAUAGAAUUUUAAUCAUUAUGGAUCUUAA